AAGUGUGAAAAAGUGUUAAACGGAAAAGCAGCAAAAGUGGCAAAAAAGUGUUUGUGCAAAAACAAAAAACAGACAGUUGGUUGUGUUGUGUUGUGGCAAGCGUCAUUAUAAGCAACCAACAACAACAACAGCAGCAGCAAUCAUAAAUGUUGCAUUUGCAUGUCAACUGCGCUGCGCCGCUUUGACAGUUAAUUUCGCGCUGUGUCGCAAAGAAGUUGCAGCAGCAGCAGCCGCGACAACAACAACAACAACAUUAUAAUUCAUAUAUAUUGUUGUUGUUGUGCAACUUUUCACAAAGGUGUGUUGACACGCCCAAACUAACCGUUUACAGAAGCGUUGAGCGUCAAAUAGCGGCCGCGCAGCUGCAACGCCUGCAACUUAAUGCGAGCCUAGCGGUUUAUUAGUGCUUACAACAACAAAAGCAACAACAAUAAUUAGUUUUUUGCUAGCACAGCAAACCAAAGUGCAUAUAACUAUACUGUAAUCCAGCUAGUGAUCGCAACACUAUCACAAUAACAACAACUACAACAAGUAACUGCUCAAUGCAACAACAAAUGCGCCGACGCCGCCAGCAGCGCAACCUCAACUGUCAUUAGUUGACGUUUUAAUUGCGGCUUCGAUUUGCAUUUUUACUUAGCAAUAUCAUAGUGUUAAACAACAACAACAAACGUUGUAAAAACCCAUACUUUUGUACUCCAGCAUUGUCUGGGCGCACACACGAAAGCGAAACGAAGUAUUAAACAAAGAAAAGUGUAAAAAUUAUAUGCUAUAUUGUUGUUGCAGUUGCCGCUAACUGCAAUUCAUCAGCCAAACACACACACACAUCCGCAUGUAGCCGCUCAGCUGUAGCGCUAAAAAGUGUUUUAUCGCCUGCUUUUGUAUUGCAAAUGAUAAACAAAAUGGUGUGAAAAAAAAGUCAGCUGAUUGCUUAACAGUUAUGAUAAAAAACGCCAAAUGCAACGGUACUAAAUUUGAAUAAAUAACAGUUGUUCAAAAAAACGAAUACUCGCUCAAUAUAACGGUACUAAACAAGGAUACUCAACUUUUUACUCGAAAAAACGGUAAAUAAAACGGUACUGAAGAAGGUUACUCGAAUAAAUGACGACGGUUACCCGAGUAGAUGCUAGACAAAACGAGGGCUCGCAAAAUAUAACGGUAAUAAACGAGUAGGUUACUCGAAUAAAUGCCGGAUAAAAUUAGUAUUCGCUAAUAUAACGGUACUAACUAAAGCUACUCAAUUCGUUAAAAGACAAAACGGUAAAUAUUACGUUAGUACACGCUAAUAUAACGUUACUAACGACAGUUACCCGAGUAGAUGCUAGACAAAACUAGUGCUCGCAAAAUAUAACGGUAAUUAACGAGUAGUCGCUAGUUAUAACGAAUGAAAGUAAAUAAAUAAUUCAAAGUAAAUUUAUAAUACGCGCGUAACGGAACCAAAAAAUACAGCACUCAUUAAUCACAACGCUAUAAUAUUUUUAAAUAAUAUGCUGUUUAAUUAUUAAGCAAAUUAAAAAUUAAUUUACCGCUUCUACAACAACUUUUAGUCAAUAUACCAAAAAAACACACAAAAAAUAGCAAAAACAACCAAAAUGAAUUGCGUUGCAAUACCACCACCGGAAGAGAAACAGCCACCGACACUGCAAAUAAUGCACAGCGAACUGAUGUUGCCAUCGCCGCACGCCCAACCGGAUGUCAACAACUGCAGCAACAGCAGCGGCAACACAUCAAAAACGCAAUCCCUGCAGCGCACUACACACCUGUAUUGUCGCUCGUUGGAGAAGGAACGCGGCGAUCGGCGCACUUCGUCGCGCGGUUUAGCUUCGUGUCUGCGCGGCGAACGCGAUGAAUUCGUCGGUGAUUACCGUGAGUUGCGUCCGCGUGCGCAACAAAUCGAUUUGCUGCCGACAGUUAUGAUUAGUCACGGUGGUGCGGGUUAUGGCGGUGCGGAUAAUGUUGCUGGCGCUGCAACGUCUGCUGUUGGCAAUAACGGCGCUAUGGAGUCGCAUAAUACCGAUGCGAGUGGCAGGUGUGAGUACAAAUCGAAAACCCUGCCACGCAUCCAUUUCGAUACUUCCAUUAAUGAUACGUCAUUAAAUGAAGGUAAAUAA